AUGUUCGGCAAGCUUCACAGCGCGUUCGCGCGGCGAUCACUCAGCGUGACCAAGCCAGAGCAGAGCGCAGCGCAACCCGUAGCGGCUCGGGACACCAUUGCCCGGCUGGAGAAACGGAUUAACCAAGUCGAGAAAUCCCAGAAGUCGCGUCAACUUGAGACCACGCUCGCGAUCCUUCGACAAGAGAGGGACAGCAUGUUCGUCCAACAAUCCAUCUCUACCUGCGUUCUCGAUUUGGGUACCGCAGAGGGCGGCAACGACUCUCCGAGGUCGUCGAGUCGCAAUCGGGAGCGGUUUGGACAGCCAUCCGGUCCUCUUUCGAACGCUGAGCUAGCUGACCUGCCGCAUACCCGGGUUUCCCGAGCGGAGUGGAUCCCCGGUUAUCGUGAUCGCCGCGUCUUCCAAGGCCACGAUGUCGUCCCCUGGUCUGCACAGGACAUUCGCCAAACGAGUAUCGUGGAGAUGGAUGUGGAUCUACUAUUCCACCGUUUCGCCAAAUUCUCCGCGAACCCACGCCUCCGUUUGGAGAGUGGCGAGAUGAUCUAG